CGGUGCGCGUUGGGCGGGCUCAGUGCGAGGUGGGCGGGCUCAGUGCGCGGUGCGAAAACAGAAACAGAAUAACCUGGAAAAACUCAGCAGGUCUGGCAGCAUCGGCGGAGAAGAGCACAGCUGACGAUUCGAGUCCGUAUGCGCGGUGGGACCUUGUUACUGUUCAAGUGUCCGUGCCAUGGCAUUGGAGAAAAUUAUCCAUGACUCGCUGGCCCAGUUUAUUCAUUCGCACGUGCCUGAUGCUGAUCUCAGUGUGCUGGAUGAGGUGAUUCUCUCCUAUAUCACUAGUGUACUAGAGGAACUUGGAUCUCCAGACGCAUCGGAAGAGAACUUUGAUGUGGAAAUGUUUGUGGAAAUGAUGGCAGCCUACAUCCCAGGCUUUGCAGAGAUAAGCAGUGUCACUAUCUGCGAGAUGAUGUUUGAUUUGGCUGCACGUUUGAUAGAAGCUCGUAACAAAGAAAAUGUUCCUCCCCUGGCUUCCACUCAAGAUAAGUCAUCUUCGAAGGUGCAGGCAAGUGACCGAGAAGAGCAGGAAUCAACAGAACCAGAAAACAAUUCAGUGGCAGGAGAGGGAGCCAGCGCAAAGGAAGGUCGUGCCAAGGUGGAAGAUGGAGUCCAGCUGCUUGUCGAGAUGUUUCCAUCCUCCAGUUUAUCGGUCAUGCGCCAAGUUCUGUCUGUAGCUAAAGGCAACUUGGAUUAUGCUGUGCAGUUAAUAAUGGAGGGGAUAGUGGAGCAACUUGACACUGCAACUCUGGAGGAAACUCAUCCAAAAACGGAUAAGAAGAUCAAAGCAAGCAUCUUGGAGAAAUAUAUGAUGGUGGAUAAUGAUGACGAUGUCAAAACGCACAAGCCGAUUGCACCCAAAGAGUUCCACAAACUGAAUGCCCUGAUGGAUAAACUCUCCCAUUCCUCAUUCACUGUUCUGGCUUUCCCCUGUAACCAGUUUGGACAACAGGAUCCAGAGAAAGACCAUGAAAUUCUGAAUGUUCUCAAGUUCGUCCGCCCGGGUGGGAACUUUGUUCCUAAGUUUCCCAUAUUUGGCAAGAUUGAAGUGAAUGGUGAAAAAGAGCAUCCUCUCUACACCUUUCUGAAGGUUUCGUGCCCCUUUGUGAACCCUAUCAUUGGGGACCGGACGAGGUUGCACUGGUCACCCUUGAAAGUGAGUGACGUUCGUUGGAACUUUGAGAAGUUCUUGGUUGAUGUGGAUGGACAACCAUUUAAAAGGUAUGACCUUGAUGCACCAUUCGAUAUUAUUGAAGAUGACAUUUCGACCCUGCAGCACCUGAAGGGCUGAGUUCAGUUGCUGUAAAGAAAGGAAAUCCCCAGUGAAAGGACUGAGACGUGAAAAGUAUUUAACUGAUGGAGACAGAAUGAAGAACAUUGAGGAAACUACCAAUUCAGUAGCUUAAUUGUUCUGAUUGGGGUGGGGGUGUGAAGGGCUCUGGGUUUAUUACUCCCCCACUGGUUUCCAGAGAAGUUUCUAACACAAUAAAAAGCAGGUUUUAAAAAAAAGUUGCACAAAACCCGUCUUUUGAAUGAAAGUGUAAUAAAACAGGUUUAUUCAGAA